AUGAUUGUGGAGACGACAGCAGUUGACAAUCAUCCAAUCAAAUGCCAUUCACCAGCAAGUUUGGUCAAGAAUCCGAAAGCGAUUGCGAGAGGCUACCGAAAAGUCGGAAAGGUUGUAUGGUAGGAAUUUCCUAAUAACUUUCAAACUUUUCGAGAUUUUUAUGAAAAUUGAACUACAAACAAAAUUCAGGUGCUUUGAAAUGUCCGCCACCAACAACUCUCAAUUCUUCUUGACGAUCUCUGCUUCAAUUCGCGAUGAGCGUGCCUGGGUUGUUUGGAUGAAUGGAACGUUGCGCUGGAAAAACCACGUCUACACCCUCACGAGCUCUCAAUACUACUACGGUCUUCGCACCGAGUUUGUUCUCACCGAUAUUGUUCCCGAAUUCAGUCAAUGGGGUGGAAUGGAGAGAAGUGUAGAGUUGUUCUACUCUAUGAAUGUCACCACUUACUGCUGCUUUGACUCAUUCCCAGAGGAUGAACAUACUAUUCGUUUGAUCUGUCAAGGAACGGAUAUUUUUUACAUUCCUGACGAUCUUCCAGGAGUUGUUGAUUCGUUGACACAAGGAAAUGCUAGUCAAAAAACAAUUGAUUCGAUUGAACCAUGGGAUAUUGUCAUGUUCUUGGCGAGAUUUCACAAAACAAAAUUCCGAAUUAACGGUACUUCUUUUUUCCCAUACAUAUAUAGCAUUUCAUAAAACGUUUAUAUUUCAGAAUUCACCAUUUCCAGCAUUUUGCGAGCUGCAAGUGUUUUCAAAUGUGAAACACUCUUGAAAAAAUGCGAAGAAAUUUUGAUUCGCACCAAGAGUCCUGAAUUGUCACACGAGGAUAAGAUUUCAUAUGGAGAUCAAUAUCAAUUUGAAACUCUUUUGGUUUGUAAUGAUGACUGUUCUUCUUACAUUCAGAAUUUGAAAUUUUUUUAGAAACUAUGCGUUAAACAAUUCCGUCAUUCGAACCACUUCUAUGGCUGGAUGAUGAACAAAGGAUGGAAUUUGAAGAUGUCCACCAAGAGAAUCAUGUUUGACGAAGCCAAGAUUGUUUUCAAAUAA